UCCCUAACAGUAGUGAGCCUUCCAGUGUAGCCGGACUAGAACUAUUUAGGUUAGCCCUUCCAAGCGACCAGCCAUUCCAGUGAGGCUGUGGCUGUGGCUGCGGCUAACAGACCUGCGAAGUCAGAGUGCAAAGUGCGCAGAUGCUGCACUCCCCCACCCACUGCAUUACCCGAACCACCCACUUCCCUCCUUUCUAGAGCCCCCAAUCCAUCGGCACUAAUACCACCACUCCUUGGCUAGCCGCAGCUUCCCUUUCCAGAUCUAAGAGCGAGCGAGAGAGAGCGAGAGGAGCGGCGAGAGCGCGUAGAGAGUAGGCGCACACGAAGGAAGUUCUCGACGCCUGGAAGCUGCAGCCCGAAAAUUGUCCUGUUAGUACGGGAAAACUAUUGACAGGCGAAAGGUCUAAAGUUCACACAUAGGCUGGCAGAAAAAGCAGAUUAAUAGCUGAAAUCUGACGGGCCGAAUGGCUCAAGUUCAAUUGAAUGGGGGCAAUGCUGCGCAGAGCAACGGAAACAAUGUCGAGGAUAAUGAACCCUAUCAAAUAAGUGACGAUGACUUGGAUGACCUGGAUGAUGACUGCUUGCUGGAGGAGGCGGAGACCUCGGGGGGCGCCAAUAGCCUGGGGCGUGGUCCCUACGAGCGGGCUUGGACCACGGAGGCCACCAGAGCACUGAUCCACAUACGUGGUCCCAUGGAGGGAAGCUUCACCGAGGGCAGGCAAAAACGCACAGCUCUCUGGCUGCACUGCACUCGGCAACUACAGCGUUUAGGCUUUCGCUACUCCGCCGCCAAGGUCCAAAAGAAGUGGCACAACAUCCUGAUCACCUACAACAAGAAUCUGAACAAGAAAUACGUAUCCGGCUAUGUCCACUGGGAGUUCUUCGAGGAGAUGUUCAAGUAUUUGCAGGGAAAGAAGGCCGACUUUGAUAUGCAGCUGCCUCAGCAAACCUCAACAGUGGCACAAGCCCCCACUCCUACCAAUGGUCAAAUCCAAGCACAGGGACUUUCCCAGCAACCCAUGCAACUGCAACCCACUCCCGUUACCAUAAAACCGGGAACACCGCAAAUGCAGCAGCCAAUUCCAUCCCAGAGUAAUGCGGGUAAGGAGGGUCAACCAUACAUCACGCCCGUGGAUCAGGUCCUGCUGCAGGCUCAGAUGAAUCUGGACAGCAAGUCCAACGAUGAGUUCGACGAGGAUAGCAACAGCAUGUCGGAGGUGCGCCAACCCAAGAUGGAGUACGAUGGCGAUCAUGUGGCGGAGGCGGAGCGCACCAGCGAUAGUAGCCAGCAUCUGGAGGCCAAUGGCAAGCUCUACGAUCUGGCACGACCCAUGGGCUCGGCUCCUGGCAUCCCCGAUGACAUCUGGUGGAAGGACUACUUCGAGCGCAAACUGGACGUGGAGCGGGAGAAGAUGGAACUUCAGCGGAGUUUGCAGCGCGAACAGGUUCAGAUCCAGAAGAUGUCCCUCGUGCAGCAGGAACGGAUCGAGCGGAUGAAGAUCGAUGCCAUCAACAGUUUGACGGCCACGCUGCAGAAACUGGUGGAGGCCAAGUGCCGCAGGGCCUAAGAUAAAUCUGUUCCUAGUCCCAAUCCCUCCCAGAAACACUCGAUAACUUUAGGCUUCUAUUUAUGUGUAUCUAGUUGUGUGUGUAAAUACAAUUUCGGCCAACUAAG